AUUUAACCCAAAGAAAGAAGUCCAGGACGCAGCAGAACUUCCAGUAAACCCAGCAGGCUUCAGCAGAACCGGACCACCCCCACAGAAACGCCUCCUGCUGCUUGGAAACCGAAACCUAGAGCUGAAAACCAGCAGCUGCGACCCGGACGCCUCAUUUUCCGCCUCCAGCGCAACAGAAGCACUUUUUUUUCUGCUCCCAGAGGUUCUGGCUCGGUUCCGAUCAUGGCUUACAACCAGUCUCCCUUCUACAACCCGAGCAUCCCUUUCACCGGCUCCAUCCACGGCGGCCUGCAGGAGGGGAAGUCCAUCAUCCUCAGCGGACGGGUCCAUCCAGGAAUCGACAGGUUCCACGUGAACCUCCAAGCGGGUUCCAUGCACGGGGCAAACAUCGCCCUCCACUUUAACCCCCGUUACGACGGUCACCACUACGUGGUCACCAACACCUUCCAGUGCGGCAGCUGGGGCUCCGAGGAGAGGAAGCAAACCUCCCCUUUUCCCCCUGGGAGUAACUUCACCCUGCAGAUCACCGUCACCCGGGACUUCUACCAGAUAAGCGUGAACGGCAGCCACUUCAUGGAUUAUAGACACCGCAUCCCGUUCCAUAGCGUUGACACCAUCGCAGUCGGUGGAAAAGUGGACAUUUCCUCCAUUUCCUUCUCGACUCCUGUGGCGUUUCCUCAGCAAGCCUUUCCCACCCAGACCGGCUUUCCAUCCUUUCCGGCGUUCCCCCAGCCCGGAUUUCCUCCAGCGAUGCCUGUUGUUCCAUACAAGAACUUCAUCAGUGGAGGACUUCAGCCAGGUAGGACCAUCACCAUCCAGGGAAUGGUCCAGCCCAACGCCACCAGGUUCCACGUGAACCUCGCCUUCCAGUCGGGCAUCGCUCUGCAUUAUAACCCACGUUUCAACGAGAACACGGUGGUCCGCAACACCAAGCAGUACGAAAGCUGGGGCUCCGAGGAGCGAGGCGGAGGGAUGCCCUUCCAGCGCGGACAGCCGUUCACGCUGACCAUCAUCUGUGAGAACAACGCCUUCCGGAUCGUGGUGAACGGGAUGCAGGUCCACUCCUACAACCACCGCAUCACUCCUCUGCAGAGCAUCAACACCUUGGAGAUCGGAGGAGACGUCCAGCUGACCUCAGUGAUGGUUUAGACUCCAGGCGAAGGAGCACCUUUAAAACCUCCGUGCUCCCAGUUUCAGUUUUUAGGAAGACGGUCGGCACCAUCUUCUCUUUCACAUUCCUGGAACCUGCAGGCGUUAAAGAAGCAGGGCGCGUCACCCACUGCCACCUAGUGGCCAACGUGUAGAUGGCAGCCAUCUCAGAUGCAGACCAUUUAAACUGGUUUAGCUAACAUACGUUUCAUCAGGAUUUUCCCCUCUGGGUUCCAUCUUUGGUGGGAACAACAAAUAUUUAGGUUGCUUUCUCGUCUUCGCUGCUCUGAUUUUGCUUCAGCUGCUAGCUUAACAUCUUUAAAUGGCUCAUUUACUCAGUUUUAUUGAAUUUACUCAGCCUGAUUCUCACAGAUUGUUACUGUUCCACACUGGGACUUUAGAUCGAGGGUCCAUCGAGAACAAGAUCAGCUCCAGACCCCCUGUGGCGCUUCAUUUAUUGGGAUAUAUCUAAGCAGCAGUUACCCGUUUCAGCUUCAUGCAUUGCCUCUAAAGCAUCGAGGUAUUUAUUGCGCCUUUGUACUCCAAUAAAACCUGCCACUGUA